UAAUGAGGCCGGGCGCGCAGAGAGCGGGUCGAUGCGUCCAAAAUGGCGGAGCGGGGCGGGCGCGGCGGCAGAGGCGUCGUGGUGAGCGGCGGCAGCCUGGACAAGAGCAUCACCCUCCCGCCCGACGAGAUCUUCCGCAACCUGGAGAACGCCAAGCGCUUCGCCAUUGACAUCGGCGGGUCCUUGGCCAAGUUGGCUUACUACUCAACGGUGCAGCACAAAGUGGCUAGGGUGCGAUCCUUUGAUCAGUCAGGAAAGGACACAGAACAUGAAUCACCGUAUGAAAUCACUGUACAAGAAGAGAUAACAGCUCGGCUGCAUUUCAUUAAGUUUGAGAACGCCUAUAUCGAAACCUGCCUGGAUUUCAUCAAAGACCACCUUGUCAACACGGAAACGAAAGUGAUCAAAGCCACGGGAGGUGGUGCGUACAAAUUCAAAGACCUUAUUGAGAAGAAACUGGGACUGAAGGUUGACAAAGAAGAUGUCAUGACCUGCUUGAUCAAGGGGUGCAACUUUGUCCUAAAGAACAUCCCCCACGAGGCGUUUGCGUACCUGAAAGAUGCGGACCCAGAGUUCCGAUUUCAGAUGAACCACCCAAACAUUUUCCCCUAUUUGCUUGUCAACAUCGGCUCCGGGGUUUCUAUAGUAAAGGUGGAAACAGAGGAUAAAUUUGAAUGGAUUGGAGGAAGUUCAAUCGGAGGAGGGACGUUCUGGGGUCUUGGAGCAUUGCUUACAAAAACAAAGAAAUUUGAUGAGUUGCUGCAGCUCGCUUCGAAGGGGCAGCACACCAACGUCGACAUGCUGGUGAAAGACGUGUACGGCGGCGCCUACCAAACUCUGGGGCUCAGUGGAAAUUUAAUAGCCAGUAGCUUCGGGAAGUCUGCCACCGCCGACAGAGAUUUCUCCAAAGAAGACAUGGCAAAAAGCCUCCUGCAUAUGAUCAGCAAUGACAUCGGCCAGCUUGCUUGCCUUUAUGCCAAACUCCACAACCUGAACAAAAUAUAUUUUGGGGGCUUUUUCAUUCGGGGGCACCCCGUCACCAUGCGCACAAUCACUUACAGUAUUAAUUUCUUCUCCAAGGGAGAGGUGCAGGCGUUGUUCCUGAGACACGAAGGUUACCUUGGAGCCAUCGGGGCGUUCUUAAAAGGAGCUGAAGAGGACAAUCCCAAUCAGUACAGCUGGGGAGAAAACUAUGCCGGCAGUUCUGGCCUCAUGAGCACGUCCCCCGAUAUCUGCCCCAUGCAGCGUGAAAGGAGCGGCACGUUCGACAUGUUAGAAAUGGAUCGCUUGGAGCGAACGCUGGUUAACCUGCCCUUGCUGAAGGACCCGUCUGUCUACGUCCCUGACACAGUUGACCUCACAGAUGAUGCCAUGGCCAGGAAAUACUGGCUCAGUUGCUUCGAGGAUGCUUUGGAUGGGGUUGCAAAGCGUGCCGUGGCCAGCCAACCAGACUCUGUUGACGCAGCCGAGCGAGCCGAGAAAUUCCGACAGAAGUACUGGGAUAAACUUCAGACGCUCAGGCAACAGCCUUUUGCUUAUGGCACCUUGACUGUUCGGAGUUUGUUGGAUACAAGAGAGCACUGCCUGAACGAAUUCAACUUCCCCGAUCCCUACUCCAAGGUAAAGCAGAAAGAAAAUGGCAUAGCAUUAAAAUAUUAUCAGAGCGUAAUCGAGUCUUUGGACGCGUUGGGCUGGGAGGAGAGACAGUUUGCCCUGGUGAAAGGACUACUGGCGGGGAAUGUCUUUGACUGGGGAGCAAAAGCUGUUUCCGAAGUCCUUGAAAAUGAGCCACAGUUCGGAUUUGAAGAGGCCAAGGAAAAAUUGCAAGAACGUCCGUGGUUAGAAGAUUCCUACAAUGGGUGGCUGGAGCGACUCAAGGGCUCCCCUCAUAAAUGUGCCUUGAUUUUUGCAGAUAACAGUGGGAUUGACAUCAUUUUAGGCGUCUUCCCCUUUGUCAGGGAACUGCUCUCCAGGGGCACAGAGGUGAUAUUGGCUUGUAAUUCCGGGCCUGCCCUGAACGAUGUAACCUAUUCCGAGUCCCUCUUUGUCACAGACAGGAUAGCGGCUACGGACGCCGUCAUACGAUCUGCCUUGAAGGAAGAAAAGCUACUUUUGGUACAAACAGGCUCCAGUUCCCCAUGCUUGGACCUCAGCCGCCUAGACAAAGGCUUGGCCAGCCUGGUCCGGGAGCGGAAGACAGACCUGGUCAUCAUCGAAGGGAUGGGGCGGGCCAUCCACACAAACUACUAUGCAGAGCUCAAGUGUGAAAGCCUCAAGCUGGCCGUCAUCAAGAACUCUUGGCUGGCCGAUCGCCUCGGCGGGAAGCUCUUCAGUGUCAUUUUCAAGUACGAGGUGCCCCUCAAAUGAGCCCCUCGAAGAGGAGGAGGAGG